GCGUAGCGGCUUCUUGUAAUGGCGACCGUGCCGUAGAUGUGCCUAGGUUUGUGAAAAUGAAGCGAAGAAGAAGUUAUUUCUUUUAAGUAAAACGCCGAGGUUCCCCGGAGGAGGACUUUGCGUCUACAAGCAUCAUCUUUAUCAGUGGUAAACUUAGCUGUACUUUUGAACUUUUAUGCCCUUUGAAAUGAUGAAGCUCAAGUCAAACCAAACCCGGACGUACGACGGGGAUGGCUACAAGAAGCGGGCCGCCUGUCUGUGUUUCAGGAGCGAGACUGAGGAGGAGGUACUGCUGGUGAGCAGUAGUCGACAUCCUGACAAGUGGAUAGUUCCUGGAGGGGGAAUGGAGCCCGAGGAGGAGCCCAGUGUUGCUGCAGCUCGAGAAGUGUGUGAAGAGGCCGGUGUGAAGGGGACUUUAGGUCGCUUAGUUGGAGUAUUUGAGAACCAAGAGAGGAAACACAGAACCUACGUCUACGUUCUUAUUGUAACAGAGUUGCUGGAGGACUGGGAGGACUCGGUCAACAUUGGGAGAAAAAGGGAAUGGUUUAAAAUAGACGAUGCCAUGCAAGUGUUGCAGUGUCACAAGCCUGUGCAGGCCACCUACUUCGAGGCUCUCCAGGAGAGUUGCCCGACCAGUAAUGGAACACCUUUGGUGGCAACGAUAGGCGGGGACCUUUCCCCUACCUACAGCAUCAAUCAGAGCUCCGUCUCGGGUAUCAGAUAACUAAAACUCUGACACCUCCGGGAGUUUUCGCCACCACUUGCGCUCUUACUUGUGUCAUUUCUCUUCUCUGUUCUUUUCUCUUCUGUCUAAAUAACAUGGUUUGCCUUGCCAACUCCUUUGUGCCAGAACUGUGGCGCAGACCUGAUGACAAGUGUUGGGUGAAUAGUCUGAAACACUUUGUAAAUGUAAUUUUCGACCCCUAUUUUUUUUUUUGUUUGUUUUCUUUGUACUGACAACUGCAUGAAAUGUCUCCUCGCUCCCCUCAUUCUCUUUCCUUAACGCGCCCUUAGCGUGGUGUUUAUUGAAUGCAAGAACUACUUUUUACUGUUGUAAUGUAAAAGUGUAUACUUAGUGCUUACGCUGAAGGCUUUUGGUGGUCUUUUUAAAGUCUCCUCCAUUUUUUUUAAAAAAAUUUUUUUCCAGUUAUUUCUCUGUGAAUGAAUGUGCCCAUUAGUGUACUCUCUCCCCUGUUAAUAAGGAAAGGAAAUGUUGUCUGUAUCUGAAUGAACACAAUUGUGGGAAGUGACUUGUCUUGCAUGAGCACUGUUAUGUUGUGUCUCACUCGCUCGAGUGACCUGAUGCUGACUGUGCAACAGACUUGUGGUAAGGUCUUUGUUUAGCUCCUUAUCGUGGUUUUUGAUGUCUCUUGAAUCCGAAGGAUUUGGCCCCUCACUAGUUCUUCAAUUUCAAGUGUGUUUCUCUCUCAUUUGGGAAGCUAGCCAAGCACUACAGGUUUCACUCUCAAACAGAGCAUAUAGACUGUAAAGAGAGACUAUCCACAUACAAUGUCAAAUUACCACCUUUCUCCUCAGUGUCUUUACAUCCUUUUUUAAUCCCUUAUUUUUUUUAUUCUUUCCUUACAAAGUCUUCCUCCACAUACUGAGAGGGUAGAAGUAGUAGAGCUUAAAAUCAUUGGGUCAUGGUAAUUUCAAAAUGCAGCACAUAUCACUUAAGUUAUUAAAACCAAUUUCCAUAUUUAACUCCUCACAUUCAGUUUGGUUAAAAGCAAUUGUUUACACUGUUCGUAACAGCACAGGUGACUAGUGGGCACUCAUGGUCAUAUUUCAUUUAUUUUUAUUUUUAUUUUUUUUACCCCAUUCUUUUUAAGUAUAGUAUUUAAUCGGCAUCCCAAAAACACUCAAAACACCUGCUUGACAUCGAAAGUAAUGGAAUCUAUAACGCUGAUGCAGAACAAACAAACCUUGUACAGUUUGAGACCUCGUUUUUUAACAUGUAAAAUGCUUUUGGAUACUAGUUAUUGUUUUUAUGUUUUUCUCUCAAACGUCUGGCAAAAGUCUCUUUAGCCGAGCUGCGUCACUUGGCCUCGAUGUGGCAGGGGCAGCUGGCUCAAUACUGUGAAACUGGAGGCUCUGUAGAUAGCACGUUAGAGGUUUUUAUUGUAAAUUGUUUAUUUCUGUAUAGAUCAAAGGUGUGAGUACAAAUGACAAAACACCUCUUGCACAUCUGUGAUGUCGUGUCCGACAUGUCAUUUCAACUGAGGCUGGAAGAAGUGAUUGGCGUUGGCUUUGGAGCUGUUGGGAACUUUCUCUUGAGAUAGCAUACAGUACAUCUGAGGCUAAAGAACGAGGCAUGUGGCCGUGGUUGUUGGUGAGAGUGAAAAGUCUACAAUAGAAUAUUCUCAAAUCCUUCCUUUUCACUUAGACCAAAACAAAUUUGUAACCUUAAGUGAUACUGUUGUUUUUUGGCCAAGCUAAAGUCUUGAGUUUCCAAACCACUACUUAGUUAAAAAGUAAAGCAGACCUGAAAUUUCUUUUCAAGCCAGCAGCUGUUCACUGUCGGUGUGUUUUCUCAUAGGCUUUCUUUGAUUGGUCUUUCUAAAAAAGGGAAACAUGAUUGUCGUUUUCUGUCCAUAUUUAAACCUGUAAUAAGAGUUUUUGACCACUUGGGAGCUGUGGAAAACAAGCUGUAAACACAACAUUGACAUUGUUUUUUUUUUAACAUUAUAUGGCAAACUUGUUGGCAAAAAGUUGACAUAUUUACACAUACAGCAUAUACUGUAUGCUAUAUGGAGCAAAAUUGGCAGACGUUAUGUCUUUUAAUUUUUUUUUUUUUUAGUACAUAUAAGUCAAUGAUUACCUUUCCAGCAUUCAAACUACAGCUCUAAUUGGGUUUUGAUCUUGCGCCUAUGGCUAAGACUCAUGGGAGCUGUAGUUUUUGAAUGGCAACAAAAUAAGCAAAAUUGUUUUAAUCUUUGGUUAAAAUGAUGGGAUGCUCAAAAUUUACUGUCCAGGACAGUAGCAGAUGUUCAUUUAACUUUGAAUAGGGACAGAAAACUCAAGUAUCGUGAUUCAGUCGACCAGAAACGGGGGGGGGCUUCAUGGGACAGCGGUUCCCAAACUUUUUCAUGUGAAGGACCCCUAAAUUGACACAAAUUAGACCCCCCCCCUCCAAAAAGAAAAAGUCCAAUUAUUUCAAAAGCCUAAGUUGGUAUAUUACAAGAAUAUUUAAAAACAUAAAAUAAGUCCUAAUAUUUCAAGAAGUUGAACUACUAGUUCUGAUUGACAGUAUAUGUGAAAGGAGUCUAAGGCUCCUUCCCAACAGUUUGAGCCUUUGAACUGUUCUGUUGCUGUGUAUCAGAAAGGUGAGGUGGCCAAAGUCUUGCUUUAUGAUGCUCUACCUGGCACUUCAUAUGAGCGUUUGUGCUGAUUAGACCUUUAAGUCUGUAAGGAAAUGUGCAAUCGGAUGUUAAGGGGAUGAACCUUUUUUUUUUUUUUUUUAUAUGGUUUGGAAGAAAAAAAUCUAAAACCUUUCUUAAGUGAUUGGCAAUUUGCUCUUGGUGGUUGGAUGCCGGUGACAGGUACUGUCAAAAUGAAUGUGAGGAGGAUUUCUACAAGUAACAGCCAGUGAUUUAAUUAAUGACCACUUGUUCUUGAUCUAUUUUUUUCUUUUCUUUAAUCUGUUGUGUUAUUGACAAGCUAAUGUCUUGUAUAUAGCUAACACAGCACCCUUACAGCCAGAGGACACACUGGCGUUGGUCAAUAAGGAGUAGUCUUUUUUUAUUAUUAUAAACCACUCCCUGCUAACUUAAAAUUCAGGCACUUCCUGUUAUAAGUAAAGUGAUUUUGGCUGAAGUUCAGGAGGGAAUUUAUGAAGUACAUGUAUCCAUAUAAGCACGUUGGAGGCAAAAGGCGUCGGACCUUUCUUCACAAUUGGCUCUUUUGAACUUGGGGGAAGGGGGGGGGAUGAAUUAAUGAUAGAACAAUUAGAGCUUCAGAUGAAGUCACUUCUUUUAAUUUACCAAAAGUGGUGGUUUAAAUAUGUAUUGCCUCAUCUUGUGGCCAAAGCAACAAUGAAAAAUGAAAAGCACAUCACUUUGCAGCUGAGGAUUGUAACAGUUUCCUUUAGCACGAUGACAUCAUUUUCAUGACUAAAUGACUUCACUAAUUAGAAAUGGAUUGAAAAAGCUGCUAAAAGAUUACCCCAAAUACUAGUAAUUAAAUGAACUGAACAUGUGCACCCGACCUCAGCCUUGAAGUUACAUAACUUGCAAUUGUGUUCUCCAAGGUAUACGUGUCACUGGAAUUUUUCUUUUCCUCUCUGUCAUUUGGGACUGGAAUUAAACCAGUGCAAGAAGACUGAAGAUUGUAAUAUAAAUGUGCCAACAAAUAAACACCAGUAUUUCACAUUCA